GAGGAAAAGCAGGAAGAGAGGAAAAGCUCUGCCGGAGACUCUGCCAUCAGCAAUCUGGAGGCUGAUAUGUGGAAUGGGAUCCAGCACGGUGCCAGUGAGGAGAAGAAAGAAGGCUGGUCUUGGGCGUCCUACUUGGAGGAGCAGAAAGCUGUCGCUGCCCCUUUAGAUCUCUUCCAGGAUUACCAAGUACCUUCCCAGCGCAAGAAUGGCUUUAAAGUGGGGAUGAAGCUGGAAGGGAUCGAUCCGCAGCACCCAUCGAUGUACUUUAUCCUGACAGUGGCUGAGGUGUGCGGUUACCGGAUGCGCCUCCACUUUGAUGGCUACUCUGAGUGCCAUGAUUUCUGGCUGAAUGCUGAUUCCCCCGACAUCCACCCUGCUGGCUGGUUUGAGGAGACAGGGCACAAACUCCAGCCCCCAAAAGGUUAUAAGGAAGAAGAAUUCAGCUGGACAAACUACCUGAAGAUAACAAAGGCUCAGGCAGCUCCUAAGCACCUCUUCAUGGUUCAAAACACUCAUGAGGCUUCCCCGGGCUUCAAGGUGGGCAUGAAGCUUGAAGCUGUGGACCGCAUGAACCCCUCCCUGAUCUGUGUUGCCACAGUGACUGACGUGGUGGACAAUCGCUUUUUGGUGCACUUCGACAACUGGGAUGAUACUUAUGACUACUGGUGUGACCCCAGCAGUCCAUACAUCCACCCAGUUGGAUGGUGUCAGGAGCACGGCAAACCCCUCACACCUCCUCAAGAUUAUCCUGACCCCGACAACUUCACCUGGGAAAAGUACUUAAAGGAGACUGGAGCAUCUGCUGUCCCAGCUUGGGCCUUCAAAGUGCGCCCACCCCACGGCUUCCUGGUCAACAUGAAGCUGGAGGCAGUGGACAGGAGGACUCCGUCCUUCAUCCGAGUGGCCAGUGUGGAGGACGUGGAAGAUCACAGGAUAAAGAUCCAUUUUGAUGGCUGGAGCCAUGUCUAUGAUUUCUGGAUUGAUGCAGAUCAUCCAGACAUCCACCCCAUAGGCUGGUGCUCAAAAACUGGACACCCACUGCAGCCUCCUCUCAGGCCAAAGGAACAAGCCUCCUCUGCCCACGGGGGCUGCCCAACCCUGGGCUGCAAGAGCAUCCCUCACACCAAGAGCUCCAAGUACAGCUUUCACCACAGGAAGUGCCCCACGCCGGGUUGUGACGGGUCAGGACAUGUGACUGGGAGAUUCACGGCCCAUUACUGCCUCUCAGGGUGCCCGCUGGCGGAGAAGAACCAGGGCAGGCUUAAGGCGGACUUGUCUGACACCGAGGCCUCAACUCGCAAGAGGAACCUGAUUGGCUUCCCUCAGCGAAAGAAAUCUCGGCACCACGGGAGAGGGCGACCUCCAAAGUACCGGAAGAUCCAGCAGGAAGACUUCCAGACUAUUUCUUCAGACAAUAUGCACCAGUCGCUCUUCAUGUCUGCCCUGUCUGCCCACCCCGACCGCUCGCUGUCGCUCUGCUGGGAGCAGCACUGCAAGCUCCUGCCGGGGGUGGCUGGCAUCACAGCAACUACAGUGGCCAAGUGGACCACUGAUGAGGUCUUUAGCUUUGUUCAGACUCUGACGGGUUGCGAAGACCAAGCCAAGCUCUUCAAGGACGAGAUGAUUGAUGGCGAGGCAUUCCUCUUGCUGACGCAGGCUGAUAUCGUCAAGAUUAUGAGCGUCAAGCUGGGCCCGGCACUCAAGAUCUACAAUGCCAUCCUCAUGUUCAAGAAUGCUGAUGACACCUUAAAGUGA